UUUGAUGAUCUCAGUGGCUCAGUGUCCUUGUCCUGGGUUGGAGAUAGCACUGGGGUCAUUCUAGUUUUAACUACCUUCCACGUACCUCUGGUAAUUAUGAGUUUUGGACAGUCCAAGCUAUAUCGAAGUGAGGAUUAUGGAAAGAACUUUAAGGAUAUUACAAAUCUCAUCAAUAACACCUUCAUUCGAACUGAAUUUGGCAUGGCUAUUGGUCCUGAGAACUCUGGAAAGGUGAUAUUAACAGCAGAGGUGUCUGGAGGAAGUCGUGGAGGAAGAAUCUUCAGAUCAUCAGAUUUUGCAAAGAACUUUGUUCAGACAGAUCUUCCUUUUCAUCCUCUGACUCAGAUGAUGUAUAGCCCUCAGAAUUCUGAUUAUCUUUUAGCCCUCAGCACUGAAAAUGGCCUGUGGGUGUCCAAGAAUUUUGGGGGAAAAUGGGAAGAAAUCCACAAAGCAGUGUGUUUGGCCAAAUGGGGAUCAGAAAACAUCGUCUUCUUCACCACCUAUGUGAAUGGCUCCUGCACUGACCUUGGGGCACUGGAAUUAUGGAGAACUUCAGACUUGGGUAAAAGCUUCAAAACCAUUGGCGUGAAAAUCUAUUCAUUUGGUCUUGGGGGACGUUUCCUUUUUGCCUCUGUGAUGGCUGAUAAGGAUACCUCAAGAAGGAUCCAUGUGUCAACAGAUCAAGGGGACACAUGGAGCAUGGCCCAGCUCCCCUCCGUGGGGCAGGAACAGUUCUAUUCUAUUCUGGCAGCUAAUGAUGACAUGGUGUUCAUGCAUGUAGAUGAACCUGGAGAUACCGGAUUUGGCACAAUCUUUACCUCAGAUGACCGAGGCAUUAUCUAUUCCAAGUCUUUGGACCGGCAUCUCUACACUACCACAGGCGGAGAAACAGACUUUACCAAUGUGACUUCUCUCCGUGGGGUCUACAUAACAAGUGUACUCUCUGAAGAUAAUUCUAUACAGACUAUGAUCACUUUUGACCAAGGAGGAAGGUGGAAGCAUCUUAGGAAGCCUGAAAACAGUGAGUGUGAUGCUACAGCGAAAAACAAGAAUGAGUGCAGCCUUCAUAUUCACGCAUCCUACAGCAUCUCCCAGAAACUGAACGUUCCAAUGGCCCCACUUUCAGAGCCUAAUGCCGUGGGAAUAGUCAUUGCACAUGGUAGUGUGGGGGAUGCCAUCUCAGUGAUGGUCCCAGAUGUGUACAUCUCAGAUGAUGGGGGCUAUUCCUGGAUGAAGAUGCUGGAAGGACCCCACUAUUACACCAUCCUGGAUUCCGGAGGCAUCAUUGUGGCCGUUGAGCACAGCAGCCAUCCUAUCAAUGUGAUUAAGUUCUCCACAGAUGAAGGUCAAUGCUGGCAAACCUAUAUGUUCACCAGGGAGCCCAUCUAUUUCACUGGCCUAGCUUCAGAACCUGGAGCUAGAUCCAUGAAUAUCAGCAUUUGGGGUUUCACAGAAUCUUUCCUGACCCGCCAAUGGGUAUCCUAUACCAUUGAUUUUAAAGAUAUCCUUGAAAGGAACUGUGAAGAAAAGGACUAUACUGUAUGGUUGGCGCACUCCACAGACCCUGGAGGUUAUGAAGAUGGUUGCACUCUGGGCUAUAAAGAACAGUACCUACGGCUACGCAAGUCGUCCGUCUGUCAGAAUGGUCGAGACUAUGUUGUGACCAAGCAGCCAUCCAUCUGUCUCUGUUCCCUGGAGGACUUCCUCUGUGAUUUUGGCUACUUCCGUCCAGAAAAUGACUCAGAGUGUGUGGAACAGCCAGAACUGAAGGGUCACGACCUAGAGUUUUGUCUGUAUGGAAGAGAAGAGCACCUAACAACAAAUGGGUAUCGGAAAAUUCCAGGAGAUAGAUGCCAAGAUGGGGUGAAUCCAGUUCGAGAAGUAAAAGAUUUGAAAAAGAAAUGCACAAGCAACUUUUUGAGUCCAGAAAAGCAAAUUUCCAAGACUAAUUCUGUUCCAAUUAUCCUGGCCAUUGUGGGAUUGAUGCUGGUCACCGUCAUAGCAGGAGUGCUCAUUGUGAAGAAAUAUGUUUGUGGGGGAAGGUUCCUGGUGCAUCGAUACUCUGUGCUACAGCAGCAUGCAGAGGCCAAUGGUGUGGAUGGUGUGGAUGCUUUGGACACAGCCUCCCACACUAAUAAAAGUGGUUAUCAUGAUGACUCAGAUGAGGACCUCCUGGAAUAGCUGUUCACAGGAGCUGGGACUGAGCAUGGAUGGCAGAACCACAGUACCUCUUAUACUCCCUGUGGCUCCAACUUGGGGAAAUAAAUUUCCCAUUGCAAGGGUCCAGCUCUGUUUCUGCUGCUUCCAUCAAAGCUGAAAGGACCUACAGUAAAGAAAUGCAGGGGAGAGGUGGGGAGACCUGAACACUUUUACAACUGGCUCUGAGAAGAGGGGAAAAAAUUCUAAUCCUUCAACUUUUUAUUUCAAGUUCUGUCUUUUUGCAAAGUGUGGGCUAUUUGGGUUUUGUUUUUGUUUCUUAAGGGAAAUGAACUGAAAUUCAAAGGGACCAUUUCCCUAACCCCACUAGUGCGUUUUCUGCAUGGCGCCUACCCCAGGGCAUCUGCCAACUCCAGCAUCAACUCUCACAAUGUAGUUGGUGCUGUCCCUGGGCUCUGCUGAUGACAUGAAGCAGCUGCAGAGAUGAAAACAGAGGCUUGAGUCGCACAUCUUGGCCAGGUUUUCUCCAUCUGGGGACAGCCCUGCUCCAAGAAAAAAUUGCAAACCAGCUCCUCAUACAGACCCUCAUGUCUUUUUUUUUUCUUUUUUUUCCCCGUUAGGGACCAUAGACCACAGUGAUUUUUCUUUUCCCCUGUUUAGUUAGGCAAUACUCUUAUUAAUUGCCCUUUGGCAACUAAUUUUAACCAUGUGCUUCCAAGACACUAAAUCAGGAAAACUUACAGGGCAAUAUUUUUAACUUAGGGCAGGAAGAAGGGAGCAGCAGAGAAUUGACUAGAUUUAGCACCUAUUAAAGAAGAAAUUCUUGCUUCUGAGCUUUUUCAAGCCCUGCUUUGUGUGUGUGCCAGUGGACUUGCUCAAGGACAGGGUACAGGCUUGGCCUGGAAGUCAGCCCAGGCUGAGUGAUCUCUUCACCAGAGCUGAUUGUUGCAUGCACAAUUCAGGGGCUGUUCAGUGCAGCCCCUGAGGACUGAACAUCACAGUCUUCCAUUUUCCCUUUUUACUGGUUGUAUUGGCUCGUCGUUGAAUCAUUACCAUGGCUGCUUAUUUGCUUCCUUUUAGGUUGCUGUUGUAUAUGGAGCCAUGACUAGAGAUGUUUUCAGAUGAAUAGACCCUUUUUUUUAAAUCAGAAUUUUAUUACUAGGCUCUCCUUCUCACCCCCUUUUCCCAGCUUUACCAAGUAAUUUGUGGGCACGAAAUUUUUGGCUGAACCAAUUGAUAACACACUUCCAGUUUAAGAUGAUGCUUUGUGUGACACAUUUUAAAUUUAAGGAAGUUUCUCAUUUGACAUUUUUCCAAAUUAAAUAAAUUAUAGAAUGUAGUUGGAUGAUUUUUGGGGUGGCCAUAUAGUAACAGAAAGCUGCAAUAAUUAGUUUUAAUACAGCUUGAAUAUUUGCUAUACAGGAAUAUAGUGUGGUAAGUUUUUGGUCUUAAUGUACCUUCUGUGCUGGUCACAGUUUCUCCCAAUAAUUAUAAUUCAGAUAUUCUUUGGUAAAUGCCAUUUUGCUACUAGUUUAUUUUGUGGCUGUAAAGUCAGUAAAAAGUAAAUGUGCCAAAUUAACUUUUGUCAGAAUGCAUGAGCAGAUGGUAAGUUCUCUCCUCCCGAGAAUGGAUUAACAGCAGCAGGGAAAGUGGGGGAGGGAGUGGAUGAAGGAUUGGAGAGACUUUGAAACUGCAGUAAAAUUAAAUGAGUAAGGGAGCUUCAGUUAGAAAAUAAAAUUGGGCAGUUUUUGUGAAGAGAAUAUUUGUUAGGGCUAGAGUGCACUAGUAUUUUAGCUCAUUCAUUUUACAUGGUUUUAAAAGUAAAAAUAAUUCCAAAGAUAUACCAGCUCACAAGUGAUAAAAGCAUCAGCCUUUGCCCCACCUUCACCUCUUGCCCAAAGUGAAUUUGGUGCCCAGAAAAGACCUGUUUACACCAUAUACCUUUUCUCCUACGUAUACCUACUGUGGUUAGAUGUGCCAAUAUAUGGUAAUCCUCUUAAAAGUUUUAAGAUUGUUACGUUAAUACUCUUCUAUAACUAUGUAAGAUUAAGGCUCUUUACUUAUAAUGGUAUCUGGGAUUUCUGUAGAACUUGGGAAUUUUCAGAGCACUUUCACUUGCAUUAUGUCAUUCGAACCACACAAAACAUUCUUGAGAUGGAGCUGAGGAACCAAUAUUGAGUAAAUCGUCCAGGGUCCCUGUGUGUGUUACAAGCAAUACUGAUUGGUUGUCUUCAGAACUCUUGAAAAUCUUUAUGCAUGCAAGUGCUGAAUACUUGUAGCAGGGCUUCUUCCUUAUAGAUGACUUGCUGUUCUUUAGGACAGGGAUCAGUGGCAUUUCUUUCAGAGCAAUAUUUAGCAUUUUUUUUUUUUUUUUUUUUUGGGGGGGGCAGCUGGCGUAUUUAGCACUUUUUUGCCACCUUGGUAAAUAGAAAAUUUUAUUCUCCUGUUUUUCAUGUCUGAAAACAAAAGUAAUAGUAAUUAUGAAUAUGUUUUUAGAGACUGCCCCUCAUUGAGGGUCGCUGUUGAAGAGUAUGGGAAUGGAAUCUCCACUGACAGCCACCCUCUGCAUCUCCUGCUUCCACCCCUGCUGGCUAGCUUCUCAUUUGGUUUGAGGACUGCCAGCAAGCCUGGAUCUUUCCCUUUAUUGGCUUGUUAGCUUUCUGUAGCAGCCUGCUCACUCACAAAUAUAUGACCUCAGCCAGAAAGCAAAACAGCCUAAGUCCAUGAUAGCUUCUAAAAAAAUAGAUUUCUAAUUUGUCCUACUCAGGUUAGAAACAUUAUCUUUGAAGGUAAAAUAGCAUAUUGUUGUGUAAAUGCCCAGGCUUGAUGGUUGCAGAAGAAGUUAUUUCUAGAGGUUUCAGUAAUGGAAUUUAGCAUUAUGGGAUAGGUUGGACAUAUCAGACAGUCCAAAGUGGUCUGUGCUCUCAAAUCCAGGUGGAGAACUCAUUCUUCCUUCCUGCUCUGGACCUAAGGGGACUUUUGCUUUUUAGUGAGACCAGAGAACAGGGAUGGAUACACCCAGGAUACACCUAGGUUGUUAAUUGAAUGGGAACACUAUUUAGAAGGAUAAAAAGCUUUGGAGCAUUGUGGCAGUUGUGGGGUGGGAUCAGGAGAUUCAGUAGGUUAACUAUGACAGGAAUGUAGAAUUUACCAUCUGCCUCUGAGUAGGCUUUCCAGUGUGUUUCUUACUCUUAGGGUUGCCUCUGGGCCUCAACAUGCCCAAGUUGGCCUUUCAUCCUUGACACAUUUUAGUAAUGUGCUCCCCCCUCCAGCUCCUGCAUGGGGCCUAUAAACCAUAUCUGGUUCUCCCAUGGCCUUUGUCACGAUACCAGGAUACAGAGAGUGUGGGCCUUCCACACUUACCCCAACAUAACAGGGCUGGUCUGGAUCCAGUCAUUUAUUUACUGUCCAGGCAAGCCAUCCGGGUAGAGAGGUUCUCCCUUUUAGGAGAGCUCUGAAGAGUCCUGCCGCUAUAUGCAGUGGCCUAGAACUCAUCCUGCUCAUUGUCAGCAUAGUCCCCUCACCCCCAUGUUGAGCCAGGAUAUUUGGAACAGUUAAAUAGGGAAGGUUCUGCUUUUCAACUUUGCUGCCAUCUUCCCUCAAUCAGGAAAAUGAACAUGGACUUAAGCGUCCUUUGAACAAAACCAAAGUUUAAGAUUUGCCAUAUAAUGGAGUGACAGGGAGGGCCAGAGUCAGCUGGUGCCAGACUUUGUGUUCCAUCUGCCACCCAUUUGCCCAGCUCAGGCAGCAAUGGGAGCAUCAUCCUGCCCAAGCCUUGUCCUCAUGAAGGAUAAUUUAAAUAGCAGGAGCAUGUUCAUUUCUUAGUUAUGUCACAUUAUAACAGUAAGAAUCAGAACAGUAAUUUGAAAUUGUCUUCAACAACUGUAUGCUGUAUGCAUUUUUUCACAGCAGUGCAUUCUUAAGCGUCCUUGUUUAUAUAAAAUAACAUAAACUAAUCUGUACCUUUAUAUAUAUAUGUGUGUACAUAUAUACAUGUAUAAACUGUAUAGUGUACAUGUUAAUGACUUAUUGAUAUGCCCCAAAUCUUUAAUGCAGUUCUCAUCCUCCGCAUGCUCUCAGUUGUGGUCGGGUAACUUAGCGUUUUCUGAUGAUUCUGCCCACCUCCUGUUUUGAACCUCUGGGGAGGAGGGUUUUGGUUGUGCUCUCCUUAUUAUCGUGCAUAGAAAUGCUCAGGGUCCCCAUGUGCCUGUCAGUCAACCUUCUCUUGUCUCUUGUUCCCUUUCUGAGCAUGUGUUUCUGUCCCCAAGCUGUGGGAUAGCUGCCUUCCUACAAAAGUGUAAAGCAGUAUUAAAAUCAUUACUGCAUGUGCGCUAAAAACCCAAGCUUUCUGAUCCCUUGGGACAGAAAAUUGCAUGUGAGGUGGGAUGAUCAAGUUUCAAUGACCCAUGUCAGUUACACAACAAAACCAGACUCCAUAAUAAAAUUCCACAAAAUGGAAAUAAAAUUCAAAUUUCUUCAGCAUCAUGUAAAUAAAUCUGGGUGUGUUUAACUUUGUACUGGUAAUUUUCUGUAUAUUUGCAAUAUUUGGAUUAGAAAUAAAACAGACUGGACUUUGUUACCUGACCUACUGAGACGAGUAAGCUGCAGUUUGUUAAUAUGAUAGCUCUUUCAGUUUUCUAGCUUCAAAAGUCAAACUCCAGCAACCAGAGAAUAAGCCAGUUAAAGAACCAGGAUUGCGCAUACGUAGUAUGAGAUUUACUAGAUAAUUUUUAGGGAAAACGACUCAAAAAAGUGAUUUGUUUUCCCCUUGAGAUAUCUAAUUUUCUUGUUCUUUAUGCUCAUAAAGAUCUACCUUUGUGGGUGUCUAUAAGACCAGCUUUCUUGUUCUUAUUCCCGGGAAGUCUAGCAGAGCCACCCACACACCACCCCAGGUUUCAGUUGCUGUACUCUUUGUUCUGGACAUAGCAACUAUCACUACUCUCCUGAAUUCUGUGUUCCUUGUAGCAGGUUUGACAAAUGACAACAGGAGAAGUUUAACUUUUGUAACUUUCCAUCUGCCCCUCAUAUUUCUCUUGCUGCUCUUCCUCAUGGUCCUUCCUCAUCCAUUUCACCUAAGGACCUUCAAAGAGUUGCUACUUUCCUCUCUUCCAAAAUGUUUCUUUUAGGAGAGCUUCCUGCCCACCUGCCUUGAGCCUUUAGCUAUCCCACCCUGCCACCUUAGGGUAAUAUUCCCAUUUAAGACUCUGGCAUCUUGGUCUGAAGAUGAUAGGGCAAAGCCCUUGUUCUUGAAGGCCACCAUCUGAGAGAACUCCUACCCCAGAAGAUUUAGCGAAGGUAGUAGUUUUAUUUUAAGGAAUUCUGUCUAACAGUGUUCUAAGACUUCCUGCACCAGAAUCACUAGGUUGCUUUUUUAAAUGCAAAUUUCUGGAUCCCACCCAGACCUAUUGAAUCAGACUUUCUAAUGUGCAGGCCUUAGGAAUAUGCAUUUUAAAUUUGGUUCUUUACACCUUAAAUGCUCUUUCUUACACAAAGAGCUAAGACUGAAAGCCUGGGUCAAUUUUCUCGCCAAAGCAUGGGUUAAGUAUGGUGUAAAAAGGGGGUGUGUUUGAGGACUGUCCGUACUUAUAGGGGGCCUUGGCUGAGUCAGGGGAGAGAUAUAGGUUAGUUCUUAAAAGCAGUUCUGAUAUGGCACAAGUCCAGCUUUUUGCCAACCAAACCAGCCCCAAAGGUCAACAUGCACAGUCACCCUGUUUGGUCAUUCUAGACCCUGACAAACUGGUUUCUGAGCCUGAAGUAUAUCUACAGGUUGUCCUGGACCUCAGCCCCUAUACCAAUUGCAAAGAAGCUGGGUUUCUGUAACCCCAAGAUGAUAACAUGGGCUCCCAGAAUCCUAUUGAUUACCACCAAAUUGGGGGCUAAAAUGAGUAAACCCACUCAUUCAACCACACUCAAGGGUCGGGGAGGAGGUAUAUGGAUGGGACCUCUGUACUUUCUACUCAACUUUGUUGUGACUCUAAAACUGCUGUAAAAAUAAAGUAUAUUUAAAAAAAAA